CUACGUCGACCGCAUGUCGCGACCUUAAUCAAUUUCUCAAGAUUCACAUUCACCGGAUGUUGACGCCACCCUCGAGUUCAUGAAAAAUCUUCACAGCAUCGAUAAGGGUUGUCGUUUUUUAAACUGCUUAGCUUUUUCCAACAUCAGUGUCGCGAAACCGAACAUCGGUUCGGUCCUCUACUUUCCACCCACCUUACCGUGCAGCCAGUAACGUCACCUUUGCCUUGCGUCUAACAGCAACAUCGUGAAAGCACACCAUCAACUGUCAUCGCUCUUUUUUCACGUCCUUCCCUUACGCCCAAAAACAAGAACAAAGGAAAAGAGUAGAUACCGACGGUACCAGCCAAGACAGCAAUUCACAAUGGCCCAAUCGUCAGCAGCAGCGACGCAGUUGCGGAAGGAAUUGAAGCAGAUGCAGAAGGACACGGACAUUCCCGGGAUAUCAUGCGGCUUGGUGAACGACAACAACAUUUUUGAGUGGGAGGUGAUGUUGAUGAUUCCCGAUGAGGUCAAAUACUAUGGCGGAGGCAACUUCCGCGCCCACCUUCACUUCCCACCCAACUACCCACUCAUGCCACCCACUUUUACGUUCCAGAACCCGAUCCCGUUCCAUCCCAACAUCUAUCCGUCGGGCGAGCUCUGCAUCAGCAUCCUGCACCCGCCCGAGGAGGACAAGUACGGGUACGAGGACGCGUCGGAGCGGUGGUCCCCCGCGCGCUCGCCCGAGAAGGUGCUUUUGAGCAUCAUUAGCUUGUUCAGCGAUCCGAACCCGGAUAGCCCCGCUAAUGUCGAGGCCGCGCGCUUGCUGAGGGAGGAGAAGGAGGGGAAACACAAGGAGUUUAGGAAGAGGUGCAGGGCUUGUGUGAGGGAGAGUUUGGGAGAGGAGUGAUUGGGGAAUGCAUAGCCUGUCGGUGUGGGUAUGUGUGAGCUGGCUGGCUGUGGAAAUUGUUAAAAUGGGAAAGAGGGGAGACGACAAGGAGGAGGGGCGUGAAGCGAGUUUGUUAAACGUUUUUUUUACGGAUAUCCUUAGCGAAAUGAUACUACAUACCUUGCAGAGUUGUGCUCUGCCGGAAGACUGGGUUGAAGGAACUGCUUUGUCUUGUGGUUGGCCUAGGCCGAGAGCUGUUGUAGCCAGCAACGCGCUGGUCAGGAGAGAGAUUGCUCUGACAUAGAUAGCACAUAAGUGCCGGGAAAAGCUUAAUAGAUCAUGAA